GCGCAGACUGGCUUGUAAGUUUCUCCUCUUUUCUUGUGAACUUGGCAUCAGAUUUCCGAGUAUCCUUCGUCUGAACUGAUCAAGAUGACCAUGAAUGUGUCCAGUGAAGAGCAAUAUAAAAGAAUCCCAGUUGAAUGCUCCCAGUCAGGAAGGCAUGAAUUCAUAUACAUCAUGGUUCCAACUGUGUACACCAUCAUUUUCAUCAUCGGUAUAUUUGGAAACAGCUUGGUAGUGAUUAUCAUUUACUGCUACAUGAAAUUAAAAACUGUGGCAAGUGUUUUCCUGCUGAAUUUAGCUCUGGCUGAUUUGUGUUUCCUAAUGACCUUGCCCUUGUGGGCUGCCUAUACUGCCAUGCAGUACCAGUGGCCUUUUGGCAAUUGCUUAUGUAAAUUAACUUCAGCUGCAGCCACCUUCAACCUGUAUGCCAGUGUGUUUCUCUUGACGUGCCUUAGCAUUGACCGUUAUUUGGCAAUAGUUCAUCCAAUGAAGGCCCGACUUAAGCGUACAAUGUUCAUUGCUCAAAUAACAUGCAUCAUAAUCUGGCUAUUGGCAGCCCUUGCAAGUUUACCUGUUGUCAUUCAUCGAGGUGUAUAUGUCAUUAACGAAACCAAUGUGACGGUAUGUGCUUUCUGGUAUAAGACCAACAACACCACUCUAAAAGUUGGAUUAGGUUUAUCCAAAAACAUGUUGGGAUUCUUGAUCCCCUUUGUAAUCAUUUUAACAAGCUACACAUUAAUCUGGAAGACGCUGAAAAAGGCUUAUCAGAUUCAGAAGAACAAGCCAAGAGGAGAUGAUAUUUUUAAGAUGAUUAUUGCCAUUGUUCUUUUCUUCUUCUUUUCUUGGAUUCCUCAUCAAAUAUUCACAUUUUUGGAUGUCCUGAUUCAGCUUGGUGUGAUUGUGGAUUGUUCCACUAUGGAUGUUGUGGAUACAGGUAUGCCCUUCACCAUCUGCCUAGCUUACUUUAACAACUGUCUGAAUCCUGUAUUUUAUGGCUUUUUUGGGAAAAAAUUUAGAAAAUACUUCCUUCAGCUUCUCAAAUAUAUCCCCCCAAAUGUCAGAAACUCCAGUCUAACAACAAAGAUGAGUACUCUUUCCUACCGACCUUCAGAAAACUUAAUCCUAUCUGUCAGGAAAAAUGGUGAGCUCUUGGACAUUGAGUGAUGGUUUUACAAGACGGGUCUUCUCUUCUGCAACAAGAUGGCAAGCGUGAUGAUUCUCUUGCUCCCAGCCACCAGAGCUUAACAUAUUAAACUACCUGAGGCAUCAUCCAGCAGAAACUGAGCAAUGUCCUUUUGUUUCAUAUUGCUAAAAGGAUUGUUGUUUACACACAAGCACUAACUAACAUGAAUAGUGACCAUCAAUAUUCUGCCUUAGAAUUCUGAAAUGUAUAGCUGGAAAGAUUUCAAUAUGUGCCAGAAAGUGUGAUCAAAUUGUCUAUUUCAUUCUAGCUAUGCAAUGAAAUUGGCUUUGAACAUUUGGGAACAGUUCCAGUCUACAUAACAGUUGCAUAGAAGGCUUGUCUUCAAAGUGCUGAAAAGAAAGGAAAAGCCAUGCAAUUUUGCAAGGAAUGUCAACAUUGUUUAUUAUUCAAUACUCAAAUGUAAUCAAGAUGGACCUGUAACACAUAGGUAUAUAUAAUAUAUACAUAACACAAAGUUCAUUCCAAUAUCAGCAGGAAAUUUAAGGCUGUCAAAAUUGUGCCUGAAUAUACUGGUAGUAUUAGCAAAAUUAUUUAUGGCCAAAAUGUAUAUAUAAAGCAAAUGAACAUGCAUUAUGUAAAAUAUUUCCAUUUCUGCCAUGACUUUUUGAUAAAUAUAUUGCUAAACACAAAUCAGUGCCACAAAUUCAGAAAAUACCACUGAUUGAAGGAAAUGGUUGCUUCCAUAAAUGUAGUUUUCUUAGAGCUAUUAAGAAAAUAUAUAUUUGGGAAGUGAAAAUUAAAGGUGUUAUUUAUAUAUAUAUUGAAUCAUAUUU